AUGAGGCAGGUUGAGGAGACCGCUCCUGCUGAUGAGGAUAAUAAACAGGAUGCGAUCCAAGGCAGUCCAGGCACGCGUUGGGGCGCUCCGACCACUCAAGGCGUCCAGGAGCAAUGGCAGCAAUGGUGGCAGCAAUGGCAGCGAAAGCAGCCAAAGCAGCAACAAUGGCUUCGUCCCGCGAGUCGUUUCGGGGCCAAUGCUCGCGCGAGAACAAAGCAAUGGCUCGACGUAGCAAUUCCGGGCGGCGGGCAAAUCGGGAGAGGGCUCGAGGAUAGUAUCAAAGAGAACGUUCCAUCAUCGCGGCCGCCAAUCAUGUCCAUGUCCAUGUCGACGGUGUUGCACCGAUGGCGUCCAUGGUCCAUCUCCAAUGCCUUCACCAGCAAGAGUACAGACUAG